ACAAACCCUCAUUCAAGUUUUGUGAGGCGAACAGUGCGCAUCUAUCCAUCGCAGAAUAGCAACCUCGGAAAUUCUGUGGAAUUUAUUGAGAUUUUUUUCAACGUUACAGAGGUGUCUACGAAAAUUACUGGAGAGAAAGAGUGCUUCUGGGGCACCCUUACAUUAUCGCUUUAGGCGAAGACCCUUCGCUGGAAAUCCUGUGAAGACCAAGAUAACAUGGACGGAUUUUAUGACCAGCAAGUCCCAUUUAUGGUCCCACCCAGUAAAUCGUCCCAUGCAGAGGAACCAUACACCAAACCAGCCAACGACAGGAAAAGGAAAAUUGUGGAUGCAGAACUCGCUCAGGACACAGAAGAUCUCUUCCAGGACUUGAGCCAGCUACAGGAGAUCUGGAUUGCUGAAGCCCAGGUGCCUGAUGACGAGCAGUUUGUCCCAGAUUUCCAGUCAGAUAGCUUGAUGUUCCAUGGCCCGCCACCAACCAAGAUUAAGCGGGAAUUGAGUCCCUCCAAAGAGCUCUCCCCUUGUAGCCAGGACUGCAGUCCCAUGCCCUACGGAGAGAAGUGCCUUUACAGCUACAGUGCCUAUGAGAGGAAGCCUACGGCCGGGUUCAGACCCCUGACUCCUCCCUCGACGCCCGUGUCUCCGUGCGGCUCCAGCAACACCCCCCUGGGCUCCAGCUCCAUACAUGACCCCACACCGCCCCCGCUGGUGCAGGGCCCCACCACGCUAGCACAGCGCCCCCUGCAGCAAGGUCAGCCAGCCUCUGCCAGCGCCACCCCUGGCCUCAGCCAGAGGGCGCUGCCCCUUCACAGCCAGAGCCCGCCGUUCGCCGUGCCCUGCCCGCCACUGAACCAUGAGACCCCCUUCAGUCCAGAGCACAGGUUCCAAAGACAGCUGUCAGAACCCUGCCUACCAUUCCCGCCCUCCGAGACCCAAGGUCGGCCACCCUUCAUGCCCCAGGCUCAAAGCACUUCACCUCGUGACAGGAGGCCUCCAUACCAUCGCCAAAUGUCCGAGCCCCUAGUCCCAGUUCCCCCCCAGGGCUUCAAACAGGAGAUGAUGGACCCCCACUACACUGAACAAGGGGUUCCCAACAUGGGUCCUUCUCCUGCGGCCUUCCACCCUAUGGCCAUCAAGCAGGAGCCCAGGGACUUCUGUUUUGAUUCUGAAGUGCCUAACUGCCAGUCGUCUUUUGGGAGGGCCUCAAGCUUCUACCAAAACCAAGAAAGCUUUGUUUUCGACAGAGAGCCCCACCUGUAUUACGAUGAUGCCUGUGUCGUUCCAGAGAGGCUAGAUGGAAAGGUGAAACAGGAGCCCACAGUGUACCGCGACGGUCCCCCGUACCAACGCAGAGGCUCCUUACAGCUUUGGCAGUUUCUGGUCACUCUGCUCGACGACCCAGCAAACGGUCACUUCAUCGCCUGGACAGGGCGAGGCAUGGAGUUCAAGCUCAUUGAGCCAGAAGAGGUGGCACGGCGUUGGGGCAUCCAGAAAAACAGACCAGCAAUGAACUACGACAAGCUGAGCCGGUCUCUGCGUUACUACUACGAGAAAGGAAUCAUGCAGAAGGUUGCCGGUGAGAGGUACGUGUACAAGUUUGUGUGCGACCCCGAGGCGCUCUUCUCCAUGGCCUUCCCCGACAAUCAGAGGCCCACCCUGAAGGCUGACCCAGACAGUCUCCCAGGAAUGGAUGACGACACCCUGCCCCUGACCCACUACAACGAGGGCACACCCUACAUCGUGGACGGAGGGGAGCAGUGUGUAACGGGCAUGCCCUACCCCGAGAGUUACGCGUACUGACCACUCCCAAAAAUAUAUAUAUAUAUAUGAAAACAAUCUUAUCCCAAAGCCCGGACUGCAGUGCAGACUGGAUUCACUCAUCUGAUUCACAGUUCCUUGACCCCUGCUGGCCUGUUGCCCUCUCUGCAAUGAGCUUUCAGCCCCCUUGCUCACCCCUGUUCCGGAGAAAUCUCAAAAGGUGUUUUUUGAGGAAACCUGCAAAUUCAGUUUUUUCUUCCUCUGGCAUCAACCAGUGGGAAAGGGGCCCCCCGACGGGUGACGGACGAACUGGCAUUCCAGUUGCACCAAUCACCUGUCAGUAUAGUGAGGUGUGUGUUGCUGUGGAGAUGAGGAGGACUGGCCAAGUGGACUGGCCAAAUAGUGGUGAAGAACUGACAGAUCUCUUUGUAGACUGCAAGAAGUGUAGCAAUUCUGUUUUGACAAUCUGCCUUUUUUUCUUUUCUUUUUUUACGACGAAUAACUUUUGUUCUGUCAUCUAAAAGAAGAUAGAAGUACAGUGAUAUGGUUACCUAUUAGGUCCCUAGUAAACACUGUUACUUUAAAAUCCUGAAAAUAUAUUAAGAGAAAAGGGCUUCAUAUUGCAAAAACACCUAAAGAAUACACCUGUUAACCGAAUGGCUUGUUUAGACAGCUGUUUUUUUUGUAUAACAACCCUUUUAGUUGGAAAAAUUAGACUUUAGGCUAAAGCCUGCUGUAGGUACAAUCAGAUUUUCUGUAUUUUGUUGUUGUAUUGUUCUGCUCAUUGAAGUUUUUUUUUUUUUUUUUUAGUGUCGUGGUUUUGUUUUCUCACUACUAAGCAUUGGCUGUCUCUCUUUUAAUCCAUACAAGCUUUUAAAAUGUUGCGUAAAAUUCUCUACAGGACUGUUAGCCCAUCGUUUCUGAAGUCAUCCAAUGUUUGUUUCAAUCAUUCUUGACAUACGUUGCCAUGCAUAUCUGCUUAAUCCGACACCAUUCAGUGACCUGAAUGUUCCACAAUAAGAUGACAUUAAUGCACAAAUGUUUUAAGAAAAGCUCCAUUUGUAGUCUCUUAUUUAUUUCAGGCAUAGAUCUCCCCGACGUUGCACAACAAUGGUAGCAGCGUCAAGGACUUUGCAUGCAAUGAGGUGGUAUACACCCCCACCCAACCCCUCCACUCAGAUUUACUAUAGACCACAGCUUCUUCUGCAUGGUGUAUUUAACACGCAACUGUCCACUGACAUAUCGUUUUGUGCUGGACAAAGAAGAAUUUGUGACGUUCUCUGCAUUUUUUUUUUUUUUUUUUAGUUUUCUUUUUUUCUUUUUGGGGUGGGAAAGAAAAAAAAUUAUAUAUAAAUAUAUUUUUGCAAAACUCUGCAUCUGUUUUGAUUUCUUGUAUACGCUGUAUAGUACUGCCUAAAAAAAAAAAAAACUAUUUAAAAAAAAAUAAUAAUAAUAAUAAUUAAAGAAACCCACCAUGUUAUCUUUUGAAUCGAGUCCCUGUGAUGCGACUGCAGAUAUUAAAGAAAGGACACACUUUUCUCUUGGUGGCGUAGGGAACAGUGCCUUGAUUGGAGAUGUGCAGCUUGUAUACUAACAGUAGUCUUGCUGGUGUUGGACGGAGUUGCAUUGCUCUCAACUCGAACCACACAAAGGGUUGUCUGCAUCUGUAUAGGCUUCACCCUUUUCCCUUCACAAUGUGUACCUUUACACUGCUGAGUUUGUCUGUAAGGGGUACAAUAAACUGUCGUUUCUGCUUCAGCUCCA